CGCCGCUUGCGCUAUUUCUAUAAUGUCUGAAAUUCUGGAGGAACUCGCUGCCCAUGGAUUUGAAAUUGUCAAGGAUGAGAGCGGUGAAACUUUGGUCAAAUUGGUUUUCAUGGAUGAAAAUGAUGAGGCAACUGGAUACGCACUAGUUAGCCCCGAAGAUGCCAAAAGAAUACUCUCCGGCCAAGCUACGUUGCAAAAUGUGCUGGAUGACGAGGGGAAACAAGUCCUAACAUUGACUGCUGUUGAAGCUGAAGAUCAGCCAAAUCAGCAGGAGCCUGUCGCUCCUCAACCCGAGCCAGGCGGACCAGAUGAUGAACCCACAGUGGGAAUAUCGGAUCAGACGGGUUCGCUUGCUGUCUCAAAAGCACAACCAACCACUCAGUCAAACCCACUUCCCACGGGGAACGGGACGAUGGAGGUGAUCGAGCCCAACUCCACCGAGGCUGUACCGACCCCUGUGGAUAAAGAAAGCACGGCAGAUGCUGCGCAAGGUGAUACCAGCGUGGAGCAGUAUAUUCUCAGCGAACAAACUGCCAUUGUGGAUAACAAACCAACACAACUUGUCACUCUGAUGGAUGCUCAGGGCCAAGUUCUUGAUCAAAAACAUGGGGAAGCCGGCGAACAGGUCGUUUUAGAAAUGCAUGGACAGAUGUUCUCGUAUGAAUUGCAAGGUCCAUCCGAGAACGGCGAACCUAUCACAUCUACGUUGCUGGUGUCCUCAGGCGACGCGGAUGCUGAAGCUUCGGAGGGCACAGCCACUCAGCUUUCAGAGAGGGACACUUCAAGCGCGACUGCUUCCGGCAAUUGGGUUGAGCAGCCUGCUACCUCUUCCGCAGCAGAUGAAACGGGAGAUGCUCCCCCCGUCGGUCAACAGUUUACAUUGACUGAAGCGGUAGCCAUGGUGGACGGCGAAGCGCUUCAGACGGUCAUCCUUACGGAUGAAAACGGAAAUGUUUUGGACCAAAAGCAGGGUCGAACGGGUGAACAUGUGAUCAUCGAAAUGAGCGGCAAUUCGUUGGAAUAUGUUUUUCUGGGUCCCACGGAGAACGGCGAACCUAUCACCACCACCCUGGUUGUUACGACGGACCCCGAUGUUGCUGAACAUACUGAGGCAUCCGGUGCUGAGCUUAGCGAAGCCGUUACCACAGUGUCCAAUUGGUGUCCUACCGGAUUGCCAUCAGAAUUCUACUCUAUUCUAUGUCGGCAAGUUGAAUCGAUUGUGGCCACAAGAAUACCCCAGACUGAGGACGGGACAGCUUUCUACCAACCGGAACCAUAUCAUCGUAAACUCGGAUCACUUCCAACUUAUCACCAAAUGACAAACCUGGCAGAGAACUAUCAAAUCGGUGCUACUCACGGCGAAACGUUGGAACGCUACGAAGAACUGCGCAAUUUCGCGAGAAUUUACCGCCCAUCUGGUCCUCAAUCCAGGGCCUUGACAAAAUAUGAGAUUGCAAUGAACGAAGCAGCUGCACAGCUUUGUCGUUACCAGCCAGGCUUACUAUUUCACAAACGAGAAUUGUUUCAUUUGGCCAAGGAAACUGUGGAACAUUCACAAACGAUACUCAACUCUGAACGGCGAUUAAUUCACCAAGGUCAAGAAACUGCCACUCAGUUUCAGCAUUUAGCACUACAAAGCCAAGCCCAGGUUGUAAAGUCUGUUCCACCUACUUCGGCAGUUCGUCCACAACCGCCACGAGCUCUCCAGUCUGCAACAACAACAGCAGCGGCACCUCCGCCGCCUCCUCAGCCUUCACCAGCGACGGCUGCUGUUGGUGGACGUGUGGCAAGCUCACAGUUGGCUUUGUUGGAAUCCCGCGGACUGUCGGGUAUCAAACCACAAACUGUGGGUAUGAAUUCCACUGGUAUUCCUACGUUCUCCGCACCCGUUGCGGGUGAUGCUUCCUUGGAACCAGGUACCACAGUUCCCCCUCAACCGAUGACAGAGACAGCGAUCACGGGCGCAGCUGGAAAGCCUCGCGCGCCUCUGGGUGAUAACGGCAUGAACUACUAUCCAUCAAUGCCGCUCAUGAAACGUGACACAAUAUGCAAGCUCACUACGGCACAAGAUGAAGCUAUCCGAGCAUCUGCUUUGGACCUCAUCCUUGACCUUCCCCGCUACGAUCUCAAAUCGAGAAUUGACUGCACGAAUAUUGAGUUGGCCUGUUGGGAACAAGCCAAACAGCUUGCCGCGCAAACAGAUUUGCCGAUUGACUCCACCACCAGCGAGAAUGCGGCCGGACUACACGCCGCGAUCAGUGCCUUACUAACCAAUGAGAAACGGGUCAACUCCGUCCGUGACUCGGCUGCUCUGUAUGGUCGUCCUCCGGGAGUGCCUCAAAUCAACGCUGCUGGCCUAUCUCGUUCGUCCGCGAUAUCGGCCCUAAUUCCAUACGAGGUGGCCUGUAACGAAGCAGCUGCCUAUCUGACUGCCGCUGUACCUCAGCUUUUAACUCACCGACGUGAACUGUCCGAAUUAGCGAAGAAGGUUGUACGUAAUUCCGGCUGUUUGUUCACGAACAGUUCUGCAGUGGAUAAGUUAGCUGUUGGUGGUGGUGUCUAUCGAUUUUAUUGUUCUGAUCAGUUGCCGGAACUCGAUUUGUCCGCUGCAGACCAGUUGCUGACCGAUCCCCUUGAUCGAAGCGAUUCACCUGAUUCAGGAUGCUGCCUAAAUGGUGGAGAUGCAGAGCCAGAAAACGUAAUUGCAAGCUUUCAGACUUUGGCACUGUCCUGUGAAGAAUGCAACAACGUUAUUGAUGAUGUAACCAUCUACACCUCGACCGGAACAGACUCCUUGAAGAAGGUUCGAAUCUUGAAUCUCAGUGACUGUGGCUUCACCGGCAUGAUCCCGAUGCAUCUUAACCAAUGUCCGAAUAUGAUUGAACUAAAUCUCUCGGGCAACGCGCUGUCCGCAUUCCCUCGAUGCCUGCAUCUCCCAAAACUGAAGCGGUUGAAUCUACGUAACAAUCCUCGUUUGCAAAAUCCAAAUCCAUCCACGGGAUUGGUCGAACCACCUUUGGUAGAGCAGUUCCCCAGGCUCGUGUCGGUCGAGUUGGAUCCGCCUUUGGUCCUCUCUCGUCAAGCUCUGGCUUGCUUGUGUCCCUACUUGAAAACUAUUAAUGGCGAGGAAUUUACGGAAGAACCUACCGAAGAGACGAUUAAGGCAAUUCAAACAGUCAAGCAUCAACUGUCCACUUUGAUCUAUUCAAAAUGGGAAGAUGACAUUGCCGGUUUUUAUAAGAAGGGCCUUCCUAAACGCGACACGAUCCGAGUAAUUGAAACUCUCGUACUACACGCUGUCAAGCGCAGCGUGGACGUUGGCAACCCCUUUGCUCAUUGCAAGAGCAUUUUGGCAAGGCGUGUUGCUGAGGACUUUCUGUCUCCUAAAAUGUUGGACGAUGAUGUGGAGGACGAAGCCACGGAGCGCCUGCAGCGCAUUAGUGAGAUGAGUGAUGAAGAAGAAAUUCGAGACAGUGACAGCGAAGUUGACGUUGACGAACAGGAAUCCACUCGUGGAGCUACACUAGAAGAGAGCAGUGCUUUGGAAAGCGAAACCAUGGCGCUGGAUGAGAGGGACUCUUCCAGCUCCCUUGUGAAAACGAAGGCUAUUCCUUCUCGAAGGUCCAAAAAGGUUAAUUCAGAGUUCACCGAAGCAUCCGUUGCCGAACGCGAAGCCGAAGCAGCGGCUGCCAACCUAACCCUAUUACCUGAUGAACCUCCAGACCGUCUGAUCAAUGUAGUCGGACAAGCUUUACGUCAUGGAAAGACGGUUGUUUACGCAGUCAUUAGGACAGCAGCACGUCAGCCAGAUGGCGAACUCAUCCCCGUCGGAGGCGGUCUCGGUAUUACCAGUAGCACAAUGCCUCCGGUCACAUCUACUUUCCCGACUUUAUCGUCUGUGCCAGAACCCACACCUGAAUUGAGUAGCACCGUCAUUCAGACACAAUAUGAAGACGAAAUGUUCAGUGACGAACCUAGUCCCGUUGCUGCGUCUGUUGAUGAAGCUGCUCCAGUCGCCCAACCGACGUCAAUACCACGUCACAAGCCCGCACCAAAGUCGGUAAAGUUGGCAGCACAACGUAAACAAGCACUUGCACGGAAGAAAACACAGCCAAAGACUGACUUAUCGCAGCAAAGCUCGCCAGUUGCUACUCAGGACACUUCGUUACACACUAGGCGACCUGGUCUACUGACGCGACCUACUGCCGAAGCUAAGAAACCUGGUCGGAACAUACCGAAAAUUCUCCCGAGAACUCCCACCAAGCCUUUGCCUAAACCCCCGCCACCCCCAAAGCCGCCUGUAGUUAAGACACCUGUGUCAAAGCCACCUGCACAAAAAACCCCAAAGACCUCCACAAACAAGGCGAAACCUUCUGUGACCAAGUCUCUCCCACCAACAGCGGCCGUGUCAUCAGUGGGGCCUGUAUAUACGGUCCAACAGAGACGUCUGUUGCCAUCUGACUACAUCAUUCGUCCGUCACAAUCGGAAUCCCAACCAGCAUAUGUGGUGCCCAACAUCCUAGCACAAACGAAGCUUGCUGGCGUUUCUGCUGUUCCCACUGUUCCGGUAUCGACUGCUCCUCCCUCUGCCUUCUCCACUUCCGAUGUUUCCACCGCUGCCCCUGCCCCUGUUGCCCCCACUCAUGUUCCUACUGCUCCUGCCCGUGCGCCCACCGUCGCCGCUUGCACUCCUGUUCCAGCGCGGGUGCCUACUACCCCUUCUGCUUCUCCCACAGCUGCUACUCCUAAACGCAGCCCUGUUUCAACACCACGUCGCGGACGUCCGCCGGGUUCGCAGUCAGUUGCCAAGAAGCAAGCUGCAGCGGAGAUAGCUGCUAAAGAAACUUCUUUCCUGCUGGAAAACGUGCGCAUUCCUCCUCCACACGCACCUCCCCCAUCAACUAUGCGUAUGUCUACGCGGGACACUAAUCGUUUGAAGCGAUUUAGUGUCUACGGUGUGAUAGACACUGCCGCCGCACUCGCUGGUGACGAAGACGCUCUAAUAGCAGCUGCUCUCGCCGUAGAAGAAGAACAAGAGGCAAAUGCCGCCAGAGAAAUAUUGGAGUCAGCUGUUGUACUCUCAGAGCAGGAUACUGCGAUAGCUGAGGCCGCAGUGGCCAAAGAGAAAGAAAACGCUUCUGUCGUAGUGAUCGGUGCCGACACAGGUGGGUGGAUUGUGGCUGACAAACCGUCACCAGCUAAGCAACAGGCUCCCACACAAGUGGAAGUACCUGAUGACACGAGGAAACGUAGACGCCGCACUUUACCCACGCCAUCUCGGGAAGAUGUGGAAGAUGCCGAUUUCAAUCCCUAUUCGCCUGCUGCUGGCAGGAAACGUGCGUCUAAGGCACUGUCACCAAAACCAUCUUCUGAACCUAAACGAGCGGCUAUCGCUUCAUUUACGCAUGAACCUCCUGAACGGGCUGCACAAGAACCCAAGAAAGACAUCAAGAGUUUGACACAGCUUGGCUCGGUUGUGGACUAUGAUCCUCUACACUUCAUUCGCUGUCAUGCUCGAGACAAUGAUCCGCUGGACUGUGACACAAAGGUUUGGCGGUGCGCAUUCGAGCCGAGUGUGGACGAUCCGACCAAUGAAACGUCUAAUGUGGUAGCUACAUGUGGUGGCGAAUGCGUCUGUCUUAUUGAUUGUCGAUCGGGACGUGUAAUGAAACGAUUCAAACAUUUGGGUGAGGAAUUUUAUUCGCUUGCUUGGACGACGGUAGAAAUGGCUGCUGGACACAAGACCAAUUUGUUGGCCGCUGCUGGAAAACUACGGGAAAUUCGCCUCCUACACCCUGAGCAGUUGGUCUGCUAUGCGGAAAUGCGUGGUCACAAAGAUGAUAUCGCCUGUAUGAUAUUUCAUCCGGAAAAACCGACCAUCCUGUUUUCAGGCGACUCCAAGGCGUCGGUUCUCGUUUGGGACAUCGGUAUUCCUUCGGCUCCGGAAUAUCGUACUCGUCAUCAACUACUGAUGCGUUUGGCCUGUCCACGACGCAAUCUGAACCCAGUGCUAAAUCUGAUUUUCCUGCCAAAGUUUGAUGCACUGCUCGCAGGCUGUGAAGAUGGUGUGUUCAUGUGGUCGUUGCCGGAGUUUCGGCGUGAGAAACAUAACGAAGAAAAGGAACCGGACCUCGAACUUAAAAUCCCGACUCGUCGCGAGCCUUGUUUUGACGGUUUGGCGAAGCUCACUGAAAAUCUGGUCGUCGUCAAAUGUGUGGAAGAAGGUGAAAUUUAUGUGUUUGACUACAAUCAGGUCGUCCAAAAGGUGAAGCGUUUGACCUCAUCGAAGAAGGUUGUUAAUGUGGAAAUUCGAGGACAACUCCGUUGGCAGACUACGGAGGAGAUCUAUAUAAACGUCACUGCUCGUAGCAAUUUGCACACAGUCGUUUGUGGUGACAACGAGGGGACGAUAUGGCUGUAUGACUUACAGAAACAGAUACUGGAGUGGCCGGAGUGCAGCAUUGGAGGAGCGAAAGAGGAAGAUACGCAAAUAAAAGAAAGCAUCACAUCCGGGUUUAAAAACCCUGUGGUCAACGCCACGGACAUUAGCCAUGAUGGACAGUACUUGGCCGCGGUGACUGAUAACAAUUUGGUGUGUAUAUGGAAGUUUUCCGGUUGAUGUUUGCUCUUCGACUUCCACACACUCCAGCUUAUCAUCCACCUGUCCUAGUCCAUCAGCGUCAGAGUAUCUGUUUACCCUGCUUUCUGAUGGACUCAUGUUCUGCAUUUCGCUUAUUUGUUGGUGUUCGAAUAGUCACGGUUCCUUUUUCUACUCACUACAUCAGAUUACAUUUUCGUACACAUCUUUUGUGUAAAUUGCUUUCGUCCCCUUUUAUUCCCAUGCUGCUGUUGUUUGUCUACUCUAAUCAUUUUUGCACAAUACUCAUCAAUUUAC